AUGCCCAAAAUGGUGGGCGAAAAAGAAAGAGGUUCAGCUGAAUUAGUCCCAGAAAACAUUGAAAUUGUCAAAUUGCUAAUGAAUUGCCAGCUGACGGUGAGGCAGGUGAACCCAAGGCAGUACGUUGCUGACAUCCCGCAGCUAUCUAAUUUGGAGGUUUGGUUUCAAAGGCCGAAAGAUGUAGUUCGCAAAUUAUCGUCAGGGGACCUUGACCUUGGUAUUGUAGGUCUUGACACUGUCAGUGAAUAUGGACAGGGCGAUGAGGAUUUGAUUAUUGUACAUGAUGCACUUAAAUAUGGAGGUUGUCGUCUGUCUAUUGCAAUUCCUAAGUACGGGAUUUUUGAAAAUAUAAACUCUCUGCAUGAUCUUGCGCAAAUGCCUCAAUGGACAAAGGAGAGGCCUUUAAGAAUUGCAACUGGCUUUACUUAUCUUGGUCCAAAAUUUAUGAAAGAAAAAGGUCUGGAGUUUGUCACCUUCUCUUCUGCUGAUGGAGCACUCGAGGCAGCACCUGCUAUGGGCAUAGCCGAUGGUAUUCUGGAUCUUGUGAGUAGCGGGACCACAUUACGCGAGAAUAAUUUGAAGGAAAUUGAAGGCGGGAUUGUGCUGGACAGCCAAGCUGUACUUGUUGCAAGCAAGAAAUCCUUGAUACGACGCAAAGGUGUACUGGAUGCAACUCAUGAGAUUCUUGAAAGACUAGAAGCACACUUGAGGGCAACAGGACAAUUUACGGUGACUGCAAACAUGAGGGGAAAUAGUGCAGAGGAAGUGGCUGAAAGAAUUCAUAGCCAGCCAUCACUAACCGGGUUGCAGGGGCCUACCAUAAGUCCAGUGUACUGCAAGCGAAAUGGCAAGGUCUCAGUGGACUACUUUGCAAUUGUUAUAUCCAUUCUACUCAAAACUAUUUUCCCUAUUGGUGGCAGUGGAGUCUUGGUUUCACCAUUGACCUACAUUUUUGAGGAAGAGACUCCGAGAUGGUGCAGUCUUCUUGAAAAACUUGGAUUGUAACUUGUCGAGCAUCGCAUAUUCAAUGUCUGGUGUAUGAUGUUUUUGUAGCAGUAAUGGUAUUGUGAAGUUCUAGGCACAAUGAUCUCAGUACAGCUGGUUUUGCUUCCGGAUCCCAUCAACUCUUGGAUGAUGACGAAAUAAAGUGGAGCUAUUCAAUUUGCCGUAUGCUUGAAAUAAUUUCUGUACUGGCAAUAUUAUGUUGUGUGUUUAUGCAUUUUGUUCAUCCUUAAUAUGUGGGAAGAAGGGGGUUAGAGAUUGUAGUCAUUGUAUAUUAAACCUCACAAUUGUGGUGUUUUAUUUUUGUUUUAUCGUUUUUUGUUUGGGAUAAUCAUGUUGAAUAAAUAUUUUCAUGUGUACUGUAUAUGGAAGUUUAGGUAGGGCUUUCAUAUUUUUUUCUUCGGAGUAGAGAUGCUUUUACGCUGAUAUACUUUUUAUAUUGUUUCAGUGACCUUUUGUUGAA